AUGUUUGUAGAUAUAAGUACUUCUAUACCCUCAGCAUCAAAAGUAACGUCAAAAGUAACAUCAAAAGAAACUUCAAAAGUAACAUCAACACUGACAACAACUUUCAACCCGACUGUUUCUGUAAUGAUGCCUACUGAAUCUAGUAAUAGAACUUUCCCGACUUUUCCGACUUUUCCGAUAGAUAUUAAUUUACCUGAUAGAUUUGAUGCUAUAGGAAUAGCAGCAGUAGCAUUUACUGCUAUUUCUAUCUUAGUGGGUAUAUUGAUAUUUUAUAAGAGAAAAAAAUAUCCUAAGAAGGCUAAUAAUGUUAAUAAAGGACAGAACAUUAAACGAUUUAUGUAUGUAUUCAAGAUUUCAUUUAUCUGA